AUGUCCCCUUCGAGAAUCUUUGCAAUCCAGAAGAAAAAAGCUGCAGAAAUACGCAAAACUCAGGUGCAACAGGUGAAGCAAGAAGUUCACGUGAAGCAAGAAGUGACGACACAUACUUUUUCGCGGCGAGCUAGUCGAGAACUUCCGAUUAUUGUCUUAGACUCGCCACCACGUGCUCCAGCUCCUAUCUCUAUAAAAAACGAGCCUCAGGUAGGAGGUUAUGAGGAAUCUGACACCGGACCUCAGCAAAAUGCUGAUAUAACCAUCAAUACGAAAUGUCAAUUCGAAUUCGCAGCUUACAAAUCGAAAGUGCAGGAAAUGAGACGCCAAAAAGCAGAAGCUGAAGAAACGGAAAAGCUAAAGGCAGAAAAACAGAAAAAACCGGACAAACCAGAAAAGUCGAAGCCAAAAGAGGAGAGAGAAAAAGCAAAACAUCUCGAGAGGGAAAAAUCGAAGAAAACCGAGAAGGAAAAGAAACAUGCGAAAGAAAAAAGCUCGAAAAAAACGCACAAAGAGAAAGAGGAAGGAAAAAAUAAGAAAAAACGAUCACGAGACGAGACGCCAUCCACGUCUACAGACACUCCAAAAAGACGAAAGAGAUCAUCGACGAUUGAGGAGUACGUUCCCGAGCCUGUCUCAAAAGAGCUUGUUCUUGAUACGGGAUAUGUACCACAUUGUAGUGGUGCACCAGUUACUGCGACAACUCCUAUAAAAAGCAUAUUAAAAAAGAGCUCAGAUAAAGAACGACUGCACAAGGUCUCGUCUGCUACUGAGUCAUAUCUCGAGAAGAAAAAGAAACAGCUCAAGCCAGACGCUGAUUUUUCUAAGAAAAAAAUUGCCUCUGCUGCAUCCGAUGAAUCCGCGAAGGCGUUGCGUCCAUCAAUUCCAAAGCCGAAGCCUAGAGACAUCAAUCAGGAUCUCUACAAACGACUAACCGAAGCUGAACCUAUUCGAAAAACACCUACAACAAAAAUGGGAACAGAGUACAACCCUGCUGAAAAGAAUCCUCGAAUCGCUCACGCUGUUUCGAAUGUUGCUUUCAGAUGCGUACCCAUAAAAAAUUGCAAAGUUCCUAUGGCUCAACGACAAACCAAUCUAGAACGUUUGCAAAAGGCAUUGGUUGAGAAGGUUCAACCGGAUAGACCUCCACACGGAGACAUUCUCUCGAAGCAGGUUGCUCUUGAGAUCGAAAGGGAGCUCGCUACGAAGGCUCAAUCGAGAGGUGGCUUCAGCAACGCUAUGAAUGUAAAGAUUUCCCAAGUCAGGAAGGCUAAUUUUGGGGAUCCCAGAUUUCAGCCAAAACAUGAUCUGACGAAGGUUCAAGCAGUUUCGAUGAAUCAGGCUUUAGCUUGUCCUAAACUAUCCAAGAAAAUCAAAAUCAAACCGAAACAUGAGCUCACGAAGUUAUCUGGUGAUAGGCUUUAUAAGGCGAUGUCAACGUACAUACUCAGUAGGGACGAUCAGUGGGAUUAUGGCUAUCCCCGAGCAACGGAAACAAGUAAAAAAGUCGUGGUGGUAAAGCAAUCCUACAUGGACAAAAUCAAAAAAAUGACAACUGGUCACCCACAAAAGAGAAGAUGCUGCCGUUGUCAAGCUGAGUUUGAAGUAGAUGUGGCUGACGGAAGUGUUUCUGAAGGAGAUUGCUACUACCACUCAGGGAAACUUUAUCCGACAAGAACGAGUCAUGAGUAUAGUUGUUGCGGCGGCGGCACAAAUUCUGAUCCCUGUAAGUUUUCGGACAAUCAUGUGCAUGAGGAAAAUCGACUCGACUUAACUGGAUACGACAGGCUCGCCUCUCUAAAGAAAGUCAAUGCUGCCCAUACAGAUAGUCCUGAUAGAAAUCCUGCCGUGUUCGCACUCGACUGUGAGAUGGUCUACACAGUAGUCGGCUUCGAGUUAGCCAGAGUAACGAUUAUCGAUGAAAAGAUGGAUAUAAUACUGAAUCAGUUCUGUAAACCUGAGGGCGCGAUCAUUGAUUAUAAUCAAAAGUAUUCCGGCAUCUCAGAAGCAGACCUUAGAUCAUGUACUGCUGAUCUGAAAGAAGUACAGAAAAAGGUCCGUUAUCAUCUCUCGGAGGACGACAUAUUAGUUGGGCACAGUCUUGAUUCCGACCUAAAAGCCUUGAAAUUGCAUCACAAAAAGUGCGUUGAUACGGCUGCUGUGUAUCCCCAUAAACGUGGCCUUCCCUACAAACGUGGUCUGAAAACACUGAUGCGCGAAGAGUGUGGAAAGGUGAUUCAGCAAGAAACAGAAGAUGGGGCGUUCGGUCAUGACUCAUCGGAAGACGCAAAAGCAGCGCUGGAACUAAUGUUCAAGAAGUUAGAAGAAGAUCAAAAAGCUGGAAAAUUUAGCGACGACGACUGA